AGGGGCAGGAAAGUCGAGACAGGGGGGGGGACGGGGGGACGGAAGGAAGGAGUUGGGCAUAGAUCGCUUGAGGGAGGGGAGGGAACGAAUGAUUGAAGCGAGGAAGGAAGGAAGGAAUGCGGGAAUGCAUGUACGAAGGACAGGCGGACACUGAGGCACAGAGGCAGAGGGACGAGAGGGAGUUGGAGUAGGCGGAGAAGAUAAGGAAGUGGACGGGGAUUGUUGCUGAUGAGGAGGAUGAUGGAGGAUGGUGCGGUUUGGAAGUUUUUUUAGAAGGCGUCUUCAGGCUACAUGUUUGUUACAUUUUUGAAUAAUUGGUUCGUUCGUGGUGUGCGUUGUGGAUGUCAAGUCACAUCCCUCCGCAAUUCUUGGGGGACGUCGCGGUCGUUGGAAUGUUGCGCAGUGUGGGAUCUGCAAUCAGAUCACUUGGCGGUUUAUCGUGUUCGCCUGCCAUGAGCAUGACGCGAAGAGUUUGAAGUCCUGCGCUCUCGCAAUUCUUCGCCAGAGCAUUUUGCUGAAUGUGGCGGCUCUCUCUUCUGCUGCCGCUGCUGCUGCCACUGCCACUGCCACUGCUGCUGCUGAUGACUGCCUGCAUGCGCUAGCGUGUAGCCAGCCGACUGGCCAGCACGGAAGACGGGUAUCUCGGAGUAAAAGCGAACGGGUCGUCGGAAGUGGGAGAUCGGGAGUUGGGUUAAUCCUGAAAAGCGGGCCUUUUGUACGUGAAUGCGGUGUACCCACAUCGCAGCGUCGGAGCUUCAAAUUUCGAUUCAUUAAGACUUUGUCGUUUUUGGCCGUUUCUGCUUUCGACUCUCUCGCCGCUUUCUCAAUUUUGAUCCUUGGCCUCCUCCUCCUUCUACGACAUCCUUCGUCCUGGCCCGAGACGGGUUGCGGAUUUGUGCCAGUUCUUUCGGACGCUGCCCUCCCUGACAUUAUUGAUCAUCCGAUUCCUUCAUUCUUCCCUGAAGCCUGUCAAGCGCCCCCGCCCCCGCCCCGUUCGAGUGUUGAAAGACGGGAGAUUUUUCUACAGAUUGCUGCUCGCCCACAGACACUCUUAUCGGACAGCAAAGCAUGCUCUGUGUCACAAUCGGGGUGCAACGGGGAUUCAACUAUCUAAUUCUGGUUUUUGGAAGUUACAAAACAGAACGUACACCUGGCCCUGCGCUCCAGGACAUGUACAUGUGUUGCUGGUCAUGAUCGUGAUGAGACCUUGCCGGAUUCACUCAGUCGAGACAGUUCUGUUGAGCUUCCAGGCUGCCUCUUUCAGUCGGCGGUCUGCCUAGCUCGGUCGGUCGGCAGCCGAGGGAGGACAGUCUUCUUCAAGUUCUAUUAUGCGCUCAGAAUUUUUCUGCCUCAGCUUAGGAGUGCCCUCGACAUGCCCGCUUGGAUCUCCCACUGAGUUCUCUGGCCUAGCUGCAGGUUUUGAAAUCCGGGCAACUUGAAGAGGAUUCUCUUGCUUCCAGUUCUCUUCCAGCUCCAAUCAAACCCGGCAGGUCUCUUGUGCAACAAGGCAAUUCAUUAGGCGUGUGAGAAGGCGCAAUUUGUGCGGGAAAUUGCACCAAGAAGGGUGGGAUUUGAAGAGCUCUCUAUCGUUCUUUGCGAAUAGCAUUUUUCAAUCUGGUAGCUAAGUUAAACGACGUUCUCACUUAUCUCAUAGCCUCAUCUCCAGAAUUUGGGUUUGCACGAAAGUGCCUGUCGAUCAAUUGUCUCAAGCCAGCUGCUUCGGGCUGUCCCAGUGUGUAGAGCUUUAUAUGAGAUCCUUGGAAAAUACGAGGAGGCAGCUGACAGUCGACACUUCUAGGGGCAUCAGAAGUGGGCGUUAUCUUGAUCAGUACGGAGGCGUCAGCAUUUUCACCACUGUUGGUUGCUGGCAUAAGGAUAUAGAGCUUGAAGAUAGUCGGAUCAAUAGGAAAUUUUUGUGGAGGUUGUUGUGGAAUGCACUCGGUGGAUUCGCCAGAAACAGGCGUAGGCAGUAAAAAGGCGAAACGAUCACUCUCGUCUUGCGUUCCAACCUCGACCAUGCCCACCACAGACAGUCAAACCGGCAUCGGAGGAGACGAUUAUACGCUCUUUCCCGUGGAAGACAUCGUUCAGUAUCCUCUACCUGGCUAUGUGGCCCCUGCAUCGGUCGCCUUUAGCCCCGACGACAACUUGAUUUCGUACCUGUACAGCCCCGACAGCACUCUCAGUAGAAAGAUUUUCGCUUUUGACCCGGUGCUCCGACAGCAACGUUUGUUAGUGACUCCUCCCGGAGGAGGAGUAGACGAAGGGAAUUUAUCGACGGCCGAGAAGCUGCGAAGAGAGAGACUGCGGGAGCGUGGCUUGGGUGUCACACGGUAUGAAUGGGCUAAGAGUGGUUUCGCUCCAAGAUUGAUGGUCCCUCUUCCUGGAGGAAUAUAUGUGCAGGAUGGACCGUCUGCAGACCUUCGACUCAGAGUUCCCAGCACGGCGAACACCCCAAUUUUGGAUCCUCAACUGUCACCCGACGGUUGCUCAAUUGCUUAUGUCAGGGAAGAUGAGAUCUACGUUAUUCCUAUCGUAGGCGGAGAAUCAGUGCAGAUUACAACAGGUGCAAGAGGGACAGGCAAGACACAUGGGUUAGCUGAGUACAUCGCCCAGGAAGAGAUGGAAAGAAGAAAUGGAUUCUGGUGGUCACCUGAUAGCAGGCACAUAGCAUUUGCGGAAGUGGAUGCUACUGGAAUACCUUCUUUCCGCAUAAUGCAUCAGGGUAAGGCUACUCUUGGUGGCGAAGCUGAGGAAGAUCAUCCGUAUCCCUUUGCUGGUCAAGCAAAUGUCAAAGUUCGCCUGGGAGUUGUCCCCGUCACUGGUGGUGAUGUAUCUUGGAUGCAGCUCCACUGUGGAGAAAUUGCGGAUGAGGAAUACCUGGCACGUGUCAUGUGGAUGCCUGAUGGCUUCCUUACAGUCCAGGUGCAAAAUCGUGCUCAAACAAAGCUUCAGCUAUUAAAGUUUGACCCUGUGACCGGCUCACGUCAAACCAUGUUGACAGAGGAAAAUGAUAUUUGGGUGAAUCUGCACGAUUGUUUCACACCUUUACAUAAAGGAGCGGGAAGACUGGCUGGGUCAUUUAUAUGGGCGAGUGAAAGGACGGGCUUCAGGCAUCUAUACUUGUACGAUGGUUCCUGUAGGUGCUUGGGUGCACUAACAGAAGGCGAUUGGGCCGUGGAGCAGAUAGCAGGGGUGGAUGAGAAUAGUGGCAUAAUUUACUUCGUGGGGAUUAUGGAUUCUCCGCUUGACACUCACCUGUAUAGUACACAAUUGUUUCCAGAUUUUGUUUCUCCUUUGCAAAGGCCAAGGAGACUGACACAAAGUGAAGGCCGGCAUAUUGUAGUUUUAGACCACCAGAUGCAAAGAUUUGUGGAUAUACAUGAUAAUUUGGAAACACCACCACGAGUUUUGCUCUGCUCCCUAGACGAUGGCAGAAUAAUAGUGCCUAUAUACGAACAACCUGCACCGACGCCGCGUGCUCGGAAGUUACAACUGGCCCCACCGGAACUUGUUGAGAUACAGACCGGCGACGACGGUACGAUACUCUACGGAGCUCUGUACAAACCAGAUCCGAAUCAGUUUGGACCACCACCCUACAGGACCGUCGUUAGUGUCUACGGUGGACCCAACGUGCAAACUGUUUGCAACUCUUGGAUGAACACAGUUGACAUGAGAGCACAAUAUUUGAGGAGCCGAGGCAUUCUUGUUUGGAAGCUUGAUAAUAGAGGAAGCGCAAGACGAGGACUCAAGUUCGAAGGAGCUGUGAAGAACAACAUGGGUCGGAUAGACGUGGAAGAUCAGGAAGCGGGCGUGCAGUGGUUGGUGCGACAAGGCUUGGCACACAAAGGUAGAGUAGGAAUCUAUGGGUGGAGUUACGGUGGCUACAUGGCAGCCAUGGCAUUAGCUCGAUGUCCGGAAACCUUUAGGUGUGCUGUAGCGGGUGCUCCAGUUACAGCAUGGGACGGGUACGAUACCCACUACACUGAGAAAUACAUGGGUAUGCCUUCCAGCAACCACGCAGGUUUUGAAUAUAGUUCAGUUAUGCACCAUGUGCAUAGAAUACAAGGAAAACUUUUGUUGGUGCAUGGGAUGAUUGAUGAAAAUGUUCAUUUUCGACACACAGCCCGUCUGAUAAAUGCUUUAACAGCAGCAGCCAAAGAAUACGAGCUUCUAGUCUUUCCUGAUGAGAGGCAUAUGCCUCGAGGACUCAGAGACCGCAUGUAUAUGGAAGAGCGAAUAUGUGAAUUUCUAGAUAGAAACCUGUGAGAAACUUAGUCAAUCAUAUUUAUUAGAUUAUCCUUCAAAAAAUUUAUUAUUCCGUGCAACCACGACCUCCCGUAGCUUUGUGUGAGCCUCAUCGAACAUUAGCUUUGUCAGUUGGUUGCCAUCAUGGCAUGUAGAGUAUUACAGGUAUUGCGCAUGACUGCGCUCCAUGUGUUGGUGAAGUUUUAAGUGAUUAAUCACCUUUGCAGCAAGAGAUGACCGAUUGAAGUUGCGCAGUUUGAUCUCACUCAGCAUCUAGCAGACUAGACAUGUCGUCCAUGCGAGUGUCAGCUGCUUGUCAAAAUUUCCUUUCUCCUGCUUGUUCUGGCUCCUCAAACACUGCAUCUCCUCUAGUCAGUCAGCGUAGACAUGCAGCCCAUCCACUUGCUCUGCUCCAAUAAUCGAACAUUUGUCUACAAGCUCCGCCACCGUCCACUGGAUGCUGGACCUCAUCCACAAUUCAGCUUCAGGGCCAGAAAGUCGCAUGCCCUUGCCAGCCCAUUGAGCUCGCCAAGCGAAGCUUUUUCAGCUUCGAGCAAAUGUACAAUUUUCUCGCUCCUGCAAGACAUUAAGACGACCUCCGCAGCAGAUCACUGACUGCAGCACAGUCCUCAUUCCACGCCCUUGACUUCCGGUCGGAUAUUUCCGUAAC